AUAGAAUGCAAAAAGUGAUUAGAUUGGGACAAAGGAAUAGAAUGCAAUAUUUGAAUAGAAUUCCAAAGUAAGAGUAGAAUUUGAAAUUAUAUGUUGAAGGGGCAGGAGUAUAGAUUUGUGGGACAGUCACUUUAACAUUCAAAUUCGAAAAAGAUGAGUUGCCAUAUGAUCAAAAGAAAUGCAUUAUAAAUGAUCAUUUUCUAAGAUGCGGCGAAUAAAAAUAAUUCAUUUAACCGCUCGAUCUGAAUAUUGAGUAUUGUUAUAUUGUAGAUGAAAAAGAAGUUAUUAGAUUGGAUGUCGAUGACUAUGAUCUGGAUGACAUUUCUGACUUUGAAGAUUACUAAAAUUGGGAUGAGUAAAAUUUUUCUAGAUUUUUUGUUGAGGAUUUCACUAACAGUCCAGAUAAUCGAUAUAUAAUUUUAGUGGUUGGCGUAGAUAUUGUAAAUAAAUAUGAAACUUAAAGAUUAAUUAUAAUUGACACAUUCACUUCAAAUAUCAAAAAAUUGUUUUCCACAACUCAUUUUAUAGGAUUCUAAAAACCUUUAUUUUCCAAGGAUGGCAACUUAGCUUUCAUCAAUAUUACAAAAAGUGAGUAAUCAAGGUUCCUAAUAUUGAAUCUUAAAAAUGGAAUAUAAGAAGAAAAAAUCAUUACAUUGCCUCAUUCAAUUAGAAAAAUAGAUUAUGAUGUCUAAUCUGGAUGUUUGUUUUAUGUAACUAAUAAUUGCCAAAUACACCAAUAGCCUUUGAAUUAAGAUGGCACUAUUGAUAUCUCUAAGGAAAAAAUCUAUAAAAUUGAUUGGAAAUAAAUCAAUUUUUUUAGUGAUUCCAUAACUCUCACUCUACUUAGUGAUUCAAUUGUACUUCUUGCAGAUGAUUCAGGCCAGCUUUUUGUUUUUAGAAUUAGAAAUAAUUGUAAAACGGUUAAAUAAUAUUGGUUAAAACAAUAUAUACCUGUUUAAUGCACAUUUAAUAAUAAGUUUGUUGUCAUGGCUGAUACCAUUUCGCAAUAUUUUGUUCUGUUUGAUAUUCUAAGGGGCAAGGUAAUUAGAUGUUAAUAGGGGAUUCGUUAUUAAUCCAAGAUUGAUGGUUAUCGUGAGCGUGAUUCAUAUUAUCUCUCUAUAGUGUCUUUUAGUAUUAGCAAAAAUCCCAAUGAUAAUUAGGUUUCAGCAGGGAGUGAAAAUGAUGGCGAGAGUAAAAUGAGAAAAAAAUAGUCGAUAUUUGACUUAAUUAGAGGGACUGAAAUCGAAAUAAAUGGAGAAGAUUCUUCAAAUCGUGUAUCUGAAAUGUUUACAAGAAAUAUUACUAUGAGAGCAUAUGAUAAUAAAUUCAGUUAUACAUUGAAACUUUGA